AUGUUCCAUCAGGCUGUUCUAUCAUUGGGAUUGCUUGUGACGGCAGUUGCCGCCUUCUCAAACACAGGGUCCAUCAUCGUGAAAACCAACGAGCUCGACUACGCUCCAAAACACUUUGAAAGAGCAGAAACAGUUCACCAAGUGCUCGUUGAGACGUUCCAGAAUGAGCCAGUUGACAUCUUCUACGUCAAGGCAGAGAAGUGGAACCCCGAUAAUGUAAAAGGCGAGGGGCUCACUAUUUUCCCAAACGUGGCAUACAACAACAGCAAGCAUGUCAAGGCGUUGGCUCAAGAGUUGAACAGCAACGUUGCUGAAGAUUUCGGUGCGCAGGAUAUUGCCGAUUUGGAGGCCACCACGUCGAAGAACUUUGUAGUUGUAGUAGUGCCGAGCUUCAAGACGCCUUCAAUCAAGGAUAAGCUCGAGUCCAAGUUGAUCAACUUGUACAAUAACGAGGCAGCUGUUCAUGUGACCAAGAGAGAGACCACGGGUGAAGAAGAGGAGGACUCCUCGGUUAAGCUUCAACAGGAAAUCGAGAAUGACUUUGCCAAGGCUAAACUGUUGGCAUCGGAAGAAGACGCUAAAAACGACAACCCUGUCACCAUAUUGGGUGCAGACGUGCCCGACUCGGGCGUAACAACUACCAAACCCAACAACUUGUUUACAAACUAUCAGUUCUUCACCCCGGGUAUCUGGUCAGGAAUAAUAGUUGGUGGAUUGUUGUUGUUCAUCUUGUACAAUGCCAUCGACUGGCUCUCGUCGUUGGAAAUCACCUAUGCGUCGUUUGACAAACAGCUCGAUUUCAACAAAAAGAAUGAAUAA